CAGUUGCUCGUCACAUGUUCGACACUCAAGUAGACCAAACAGGGAGCAGUACAGUGCCCACCGAGAUCCGAUCGAACGCAGAGCAGCCGUUAGACAGACUAUUGACUGUAGGAACUCACCAGCAGUGCAGUUAAUUUAUCAGAAACUAUUAAUUCUGCUCAACGGAAUAUCGAUCUUUUCAGCCAGGUGCAAGUGCAAGUUUAUUCAGCCCUUUUUGCUGUCAAAUCGAAAAACCACAUUCUCGAAGCUUUUGGGCAAGCUUCCGCAAAACGAAACGAUCGAAACGCGUGGUCCGAAAACAACAAGGCAAAUACGGCAAGAGGCGAGCGAAAAAAGUAAAAUUAAAAUACAUAAAUCGAAAUCAACAUAAAAUUCGUAAAGUUUGGAGUUCAGUAAGCGAACGCGGGUGUUUGUGUUAGUGUCUCUGAAUGUGUGCAGUGCAAUGGUAUUGUAAGACGAAAAGUAACGGUAGUCGAGCAAUUGUGGUGUUAGCUGUCAGAAACUGAGCGCAGAGAAAACCGAAAGUUUUGGCUUGUUACCUUGCCGUAGUAAUCCAAAAUCAAAACCGAAUACCGGAUUCACCAAUCGCCAUCCUGGCCCUCCCUUUGACUUUAGUUUGAGGCGCUCUGCCAGCGGUUCGCCGGAACGGUAAACUUCACCCACACCCUGCUGCCCGUCGUCGAUAGCAUACCGAUAGCCCACCGCCGAUAGCGAUACCGAUAGCCGACUACUUUAGAAAUUCAGGAAUCCAAGCCCAACAUUAGCUAGGAUUCUGUUCGGUUUCAACCCUCCGAAGAAGGAGCACCCAGCGGCAUCCACUUAGCAAAACCCGGAGCCGUUCUCCAUUAUUUUGGAUAAUACGCGACUAUCCACGAGCUGUCCAAAUUGUUCAGGGGUAGCAAAACGAAGAACGGCAAUUUUGCCGAAAAGACGCAGUUAAAAAAGUGUUAGCAAGUGGGAAACAACAUUCGUGAAUUUCGUGAUUAAAAACAUUUCAAAAGGUGUAUAACAAAAGCUCAUUUAAUAUAAAAAUAAAAAGAACACAAGCGAAAUAUACAAAAUAUAGUAUAGCAACACGCCAACAACAAAACGUGGCAUCAACUAAAAACACAAAAAAGCUCAACGAAAACGAGAGCGAAUGCGCGCGCGCGAGUGAGAUAGCCGAUAAGCAGAGACAUUGAGAGAGAGCCAAGAGCGACAACAACAAAACACAAGCGCAAGCACGAGCCAAAAGCCAAUUGCGCACGGAACGUAGAACGAAGAGAACUAACGGAACUAUAGAAUCGCAACACGGAUAACAGUUAACAGGGGCAAUCCGAAAAUGGUAAACAAGGUAAAUGGCAAGAAGGCGGACAAGGACAAGGAGAGGCAGCAAGUGGCAAUGUUGCCGGCGGCGGGCAAGAACAGCAGCGACAUUGAAAACAGCGACCUGAGCAAAAUCAACAAAGCAGUAAUCAAACCAGCUGCAAACAAGGGUCAAAACGCAAAACCCAACAGCAAUAACAACAGCGCUAACAACAAAAAGAAUGCAGGCAAAGGACAUCAGCAGCAGCCGCAGCAACACCAGCGCAGCGGCAAAAAAGCGAAACCACAACGCCAACAGAUAUUCCUGCAGUCGCUGCCACGCGACAGCAGCAACUACAGAAGCAACAGCUACAGGAGCAGCAUCGACAUAAACAGCAGUAGUAGCAACAUCAGCAGCAACAUCUCGGACACACCGGCAACAUUGGACAGUGGAGUCGGAAAAAUGAAUCCCACUGAGCUGUUGACAGCCGCCUUGGCCGUGCCCUGUGCCAAAUGCUCCAAGCCAUCGAUGAUCUCCGGCCUGACCACCGCCGUAUCCGCCUCCACGGUUUCCACGUCCACGUCCACCUCCUCCACUUCCGCCUCCUUCUUCUCGUCGUCUUCAACCAGUUCCGGAUCGGAGACCGCCAGCAAUCACAGCGAUCUCCACUACCCAGAGCCGAUUGUCUACUCCGCCAAGCAGUAUCGCAAGUCAAAGUCCUACAUGGGCGUACAACAGUACAACAGUUCACAAAACGGUCAUCAAGCGGGUCGGGGGAACAAUACCGCUAGCGGUGGUAAUGGCAACCACGUGGCCUACAGACGCUCCCACAGCGACCGGCGCAACUCUUUUGAUCGCACCUUCGCAGAAAGGAAUCGCGACUUUGUGCCCAUCGUUCCUCCGCCGCGUCCGGUUCUGUCCUCCUCCAACAUCGCCGGAGUCAUGGCCAGUACCACCAAGCUUACGAUCAUAGAGCGGUUCGGCAAAGGACGUGUCGCGUAUCCCAUAAUGCAGUGCGGGACACUAGACGGAGCCGAACCGUUGUAUCAUCAACAGCGCAGCAACAGAAUGGACGUCUAUCAGAUCGACGAUGGAUUCCACUCGGACGGCGGCACCGAGACUCCGCCGCCGUCUCCCAGUUCUGGGUCAUCGAUCGCCUCGACCUCGGACCACGGAUCGCUGGAGAGCGUGGAUACCGGGGGGACGCAGCGGCUGGCCGUUCUAUCGUUCGAGCAGGUGAGCAAGCUGCACGACGUCAUGGACGAGAAGGUGGCCAUCCACGGACGCGGAAACUUUCCUACGCUGGAGGUAACGCUAAAGGAUCUGGUCAACCUGGUGCGCCGCAAGCUGGAGGCGGAGGUGAACGCCGGCGGCGCCGGGGUGUUAGUUAAGGACAUCCGUCUCAACGGCGGGGCAGCUAGUCAUGUUUUAGCCAGCGAGGAUCAGCCGUACAAUGACCUGGACCUGAUAUUCGCCAUCGAGCUUAGUUCGCCACGCGUCUUUGACCGUGUCAAGGUGGCGGUGCUCAACACCCUGCUGGACUUGAUGCCCGAGGGCGUCUGCAAGCGCCGCAUCUACACGUGCUCUCUGAAGGAGGCCUACGUGGGCAAGAUGGUGAAGGUGAACAACAACAAUGACGGCGACCGCUGGUCGCUCAUUUCGCUGGGCAACUCGCCGGGCCACAAGAACGUCGAGCUAAAGUUCGUGGACACGAUGAGACGCCAGUUCGAGUUCUCGGUGGACUCGUUCCAGAUUGUGCUGGAUUCUCUACUGCUCUUCUACGACUGCGCCGCUCUGCCCAUCUCGGAGAACUUCUAUCCAACGGUGGUCGGCGAGUCGGUUUACGGGGACUUUCAGGAGGCACUCUACCACUUGCAAAAGAAACUGAUCUCAACGCGUCAGCCGGAGGAGAUACGAGGCGGCGGCCUGCUCAAGUACUGCAAUCUAUUGGUGCGCAACUACAAGGCCGUCGACUCGCAGCUCAUCAAGACCCUGGAGCGAUACAUGUGCUCGCGCUUCUUCAUCGAUUUCCCGGACAUCAAUACGCAGACUACCAAGCUGGAGGCCUACUUGCGUAACCAUUUCUGGGGCGUCGAUGAGGAACCGCUGCAGUAUCAGUACCUGAUGCAUUUACGGGAGGUGGUCGAGAUGUCGACGGUCUGUCUGAUGGGCCACGAGCGGCGCCAGUCGCUCCAUCUAAUCCAGUCGUUGGCCGCUCAGGUGCUCUUUAACAAGCAGGAGAAACAGCAGCAGCAGGCUCAAGAGAAGUACCAGCAGCAACAGCAGCAGCAACAGCAGCAGCAACAGCAGCAGCAUCAGCAAAAUCAGCAGCACCAACAGCAGCAGCAGCAACAGCAACAACGUCAGCAUCAGUUCCUGGACACAGCGCAGCAGCAACAGCAGCAGCAGACACAGACGCAACAGCAGCAGCCGCAGCAGGCCGCUACCCUGACCCUUGUUCCGCAAGCGUCGCCCACGGGUCAGGCGCAGACCAUUUAUGUGCAACAAGCCGCACCAGCCGCCGUGUGCUGUACGAGCAGCGCAGAUCAGACGCCGGCAGCGGCCCCACAGACCAUACAGAUACAGGCCGGUCCGCCGGGACUCAUCUAUGCCAACGGCGUCUACUAUGCACCUGUGAUCCCCAGCACCAUCUGCACGUGCAACUCCACCUGGCUGAGCACGUGAUUAGGACGGCAGGAGCAGGAGCAGCAGCACCAGUACGAGCAGCAACAGUUCCAACAGCAACAGUGGUCAGAGAAUGCAUUGGGAGCGACGCUUUUGGCUGAAACUGAAACUGAACCACCACUAGAAACAGCACCGAUAGCACCACCAUCUCAACUAUCACCAUCUCAACCACCAUCAUCACCGUCACCAACAGCACCCAGAACCCAACUCCAAAACCAGAUCAGAUCCACGACCAUCAGCAGCAGCAGAAAGAAGAAGAACAAGGCCAAGCAGCAGACAGCAAUAAAAGCAGAAAGCAAUAGCAACGAGACGACGACCACAGCAUCCAUGACAAGAACAACAAAGAGCAGAGGGACCAAGCAAACGGCAGCAGAAUCAAUGGAAGUAUGUGCAGCCCAAGGAGGAGCCGGUGGAAUUAAGGGCAGCUUAGUGCUGAUACCUCAGCAGAUCAACGGACUGCCCGUUUACAACCAACUAGAGGAUGGCGGCCGAUCGGCGGCGGGAACGUACAGCGGACAGUUUGCCUACUUCUAUCCGCACGACGGCUCGGCGCCCAGUAUGUUUCUGCUGGGCAAGGAUUCCUACCUCAAUGUUACCGAACAGCAGGAGCAGCACCAUGAUCAUCAGUUUGUUUAGGAUGUGGAGAAGAAUAUGUGGAAAACGGUUUAUGCUCGCUAGCCGUGCCCCUUUGCACUUUACGAUUACUGUUGAUUCAUAAUUCAUAUAUUCGGUUGGCUACUUUCUUCGUUAACUGUAUGAUCAGAGGUCUAUUUAACUGUUCCUUUUCUAUAUCUCUAAUUCAAUGUGUCUGGCGACUUAAAAGCCUGUCUACGACACUUGGCAUACACGCGCUCCUACUUUAAUAAUGUAACUACCGCAGACUGAACUUCAGCCGCUGUUAGAUGUUGAACAGGGACACCACCUAAAUCACUGACCCACGAAAAGGACGAAAACAAUUGCGUAUCAUCAUUAAUUUGGCUAUAUGAAUCCUUUUACAUCAUAUUUACGUUCGUUGUGUAUUUUCCUUUGCUUAAGAAAACUAAAUUUUAAUUUGAAAAACGUAUAGAAAGUAAAAAAAAAAACAAAAAAAAAAGAUAAUUUAAAGCCAAAAUUUAAUCUGUUUGCUCGGUCGAAAGUCGUUUUCAUCUUUUCCAACAUUCAUUUUUUUUGUAAUAAACCUACCCAAAAACCCAAA